AUGCCAUCCUCCUCCCCCAGAGCCCACGCUCCCUCGACCUCCUCGCAAGAUGCCUACGAACUGCACCCCGUCUCGCCGAUGCCAGAACGAGACAUGGACAGCAAUUACGAGGAUGAAGAGGAGGACAAAGAUGCAGAAUCUCGAUCGACCUCUCCCGCCUCCUCCAAGUUCUACACCCCCACCGAAUCCGCCCGCGUCCGCCGCAAACUCGACACCCACCUCGUCGCCUUCCUUGCGCUUCUGUACUCCCUCUCCUUCCUCGACCGCUCCAACAUCGGCAAUGCUCGCAUCGCCGGCCUCGUGGACGACCUCCGUCUUACAGACUCCCAGUACGAGUGGCUGCUCUGGGCGUUUUACAUCACGUAUAUCGCGUUCGAGUGGAUGACACUGCUGUACCGCGUUGUCCCAGCACAUAUCUACAUUUCGCUGUGCAUAGCGGCAUGGGGCGUGCUCGCAUCCUUACAAGCGGCGGCGACGUCGUUCCCCGUGCUGGUUGUGCUGCGGGGACUUUUGGGCGUCUCGGAAGCGGCGUUUGGGCCGGGUGUCCCGUUCUACCUUUCUUUCUUCUUUCGGCGAGAGGAGCUUGCGCUGCGGACGGGGCUCUUCAUCUCGGCAAGUCCAUUGAGCGCAAGUUUUGCGGGACUGUUGGCGUGGGGGAUUACCAAAGCAGGGGAGAGCGGGCCAGUCAGUCCGUGGCGGCUGCUUUUUCUGAUUGAGGGGUUCCCGAGCGUGCUGGUUGCCGUGUGGGCGUGGGAUUUUGUGCCCGACGGGCCCGGGACGGCAGGGUGGCUGAGUGGGAGGGAGAGGGAGGUUGCGGUGGCGAGGGUGAGGGAUGCCGAUGAGGACGACCACGAUGGCGACGCUGAAAUAGAAGGAAAACACGCAUUAACCACACCGCAGCCGCAUGGCCUCGAUUCCCACGCCGUUUUCCUCACGCUGAAAGACCCAAAAUGCUAUCUCACCGCCUUUAUGUUCUUCGCCGCAAACGUCGCCUUCGCCUCUCUCCCCGUCUUUCUCCCCACCAUCCUUCGCGACAUGGGCCACACCGCUCUGACCGCACAAGCCCUCACCGCACCCCCCUACCUCUUCGCCUUUGUCGUCGUCCUGCUCACCGCGUACCUUUCCGACCGCCAUCAAUCCCGCGCCUUCUACAUAAUCCUGCACGCGCUGCUCGCUACGACGGGGUAUGCAACACUCGCCCUCCUUGGCCUUUUCAACAUCUCCGCCCCCACCCUCCGCUACCUCGCCCUCUUCCCCGCAACAUCCGGCUUCUUCGCCGCCAUCACCAUCAUCAUAACCUGGACGCUGAACAACCAAGCCUCGGCCAGCGCAAAAGGCACAGGCGUGGCGGUCAUGAAUGUCAUCGGCCAAACCGGGCCCCUCCUGGGCACUUCCGUCUUCCCCACGCGCGACGCACCCUUCUACGUGUCUGGGAUGAGCAUCUGCGCUUGCUCCAUGUUGUUGGUAGCGCUGCUGGCGGGCGCGCUGCGCUGGCAUCUCGCCCGCCUCAAUGCCGGGACGACGACACGGGGCGGGUACGCCAGCAUUGGCGGGAAACAGCGGUCGAGGUUCGAAUACAUGUUGUAG